AUGGCUGAGAACAACUCAAACACACCUUUUCGACCACCUGCUGGCAGCCCCAAUUCAGAACACAGUGUCCAGGAAGUGAACAGCCCUACCAAACCUUCUGAUACACCUGGGACUUUUAGGAGGACAAAGGAACAGAACUUCAAACCUGAUGAAGACCUGUUGCUUUGCAAAACUUGGCUAGAGAUUAGUAGUGACCCAGUUAUUAGCACAGGGCAGAGGAAGGAGGGUUUGUGGGCUAGAAUUGAGAAAAGGUACAAUGAACUUAGAGGUGAGUUUCCUUUAAGGUUGAAUAGGGCUCUCAGCAGCAGGUGGGACAAAAUAAGAGCAGAAACAGGAAAAUUUGCUGGAUUCUAUGCUAGAGUCUUAAGGGAAAACCAGAGUGGCCUCACAGAUAACGACAAGACAUCGAAAGCUGCAACUCUUUAUGCAACGUCACAGAAAAAGCCAUUUCAUUUCAUGCAUUGCUGGACGCGCCUUAAAAACGAACCGAAAUGGGAUGCCAUGGUUCAUGGAAGCCCCUGGAGAGGCACUGCGGGGACGGAGCCUGCCCGUAGUCUUACACCUACAGGCUCUGUUAAUGAAGUUGAAUAUGAUGAAGGUGGUUCAAGAGGGAAGAGACCAUUAGGACGUGACUCCGCGAAAGCUUCAAGGAAGAAGUCAAUGUCCAGUUCAUCUCAGUCUACUGACUACCUUUCAAAAAUCCAUGACAUGCAAGUAGCAAGGUUCAAGCAAAGUGAAGAAAAAUCAGACCUAAAGCAGCAGAACAUUGAGUUCAUGAAGGAAGUUGAACUGAAGAAGUUGGAGGUUCAAUCCAAGGAAAUACUAGUACAGGAAAAAAAAUUGAUGAUGGAAGAUUGGAAUAAAAAAGACGAAGAGCUCAACAAACUUUAUGCUAUGGACAUGGAUGCGUUACCUGAUGAAUUGCGAGCUGUUUACAUCGCAAGGAGAAAAGCUUUAAUCGAAUAUUUCAUCAACAAUCCUGUGUGA